AUGGAUGAUGUGUCUGACUCGACAGACUGGCUUGGUACAGGCCUUGCCGGCCUGGCUGCUGUUGAGGCAGCCUUGCGCUGUCAAGUUUGCAAGGAUUUUUAUAAGACGCCGAUGAUUACGACAUGCUCACAUACCUUCUGCUCUAUUUGCAUACGACGAGCCUUGUCCAAUGAUAGCAAGUGUCCCUUAUGCCGGGCUCCCGAGCAAGAGCUCAAACUGCGAAGUAAUUGGUCGAUGGAAGAAUCUGUCGAAGCAUUUUCAAAAGUACGACCCUCAGCGUUGGCCGUAGCCCGUAGCAGUUUGAACACGUCGGCUUCUUGCAAACGAAAAAUCGAAGGCGAUGAGCCGACUGCGAACGCUGUGUCCUCCGAACCCAAACGCAUACGGACAUCUGCGCGACUAAACAAUCGUCGACGUGAGAACUUAAAUCAGACAUCUCAGGCGCAAAAGCAGGGUGACGAAACUAUCCCUGCCUCCGAUGACGAUGAAAGCGGCAAUAAUGAGGAUGAUGAUUAUUCUGAACAUAACACAGGACAUGCUGACUCCCUUGUGCCAUGUCCAUCAUGCCAAAAGCAAAUGAAGGCUUGGAAAGUUUUCCAACAUCUAGAAACAUGUCCAGGGCCAAUAUCUGAAUCGGCAGAGAUCAAAACUUUUCCCUCUGGACGGGUACUACAGGCGCAGCAACCCCGGCUCCAAACGACUUUGGAACGACUCCCUGCCCUCAAUUACUCGAUGCUAAAGGAACAGGCAUUACGAAAAAUGUUGGCUGAGCUGGGAAUAUCCAACCAAGGGCCUCGAUUAAUCCUGGAAAGACGCCACAAAGAGUGGAUUACCAUUUGGAAUGCUAAUUGUGAUUCCGUCAUACCUAGAAAAAAAUCACAGCUUUUGCAAGACCUGGACGUCUGGGAGAAGACGCAGGGUCAUCGAGCAAACGCUGCGGCAAAGACAACUUUGACUGGGGUCGCAAUUAAGGACAAAAAUUUCGAUGGCAUUGCCUGGGCUGCAAAGCACGAUUCGUCUUUCAAGGAUUUGAUUGCAAAUGCGCGCCGAAGCAGGCUAGAAGCUAAGGGUCCGACAAAAGAUAUGCAUGGCCGAGCAGAACAAAACGCCAAUACUUGUUUCUCUAUAGAUGAUACGCAUGACAGAACCGAAAUUUGUCAGCUAUCUGAUAGAUUGACAACGGAAUUGCGGCAGAGUCCCAUUGAUCAAGGAGUCUCCAUUGCCGCAACAUUUAAAUCCAGCCUAGUUAAAGAAGAAGAAGCACAAAUGCAGGCUUCAACUCAAACUUCGUCGACACCGGUGGCCAUGGAGUCAGCUAAUGUGGACGCGCUUGAGUCGGGUCUGGCCACUUCAAACUCAUCAGAAACCGAGACUGGCGGUCGGUAA